CGUGGCUGAAACACAAAGAACAAAGAACCUCAUUCUAGUUCCAGUUGAAACCGAUAAAAAAUCGUCCACUACUCAAAAGGAAAAACACACCCACGGUUUCAGAAACUAACAUAAAAAAUCAUGAAUUCAAUUCACAAUAUUGGAGUUUGCAGUUUCACUUGAAUAAAUCUUCAGUCUCAAAAGAAAUGGAGUGUUGUUCUUCUUCAUCGUUAUUAAGCUUAAGCUUAAUGUUAAAGCCUCCUCCUCCAUUAAUGACCAUUAACUAUAAUUGCAACUCUCACUGGAGGAAGAAGAAGACAGGGCAUUGCUUGCUUCAAGUCUCUGCAAUCUCUUACCAAAACUUCAUUCACUUUGCUCUCAAUGAAACCAAACGCCAUACCCUUUUGCUUCCCUCUCCCCUCCAGGAAAGAUAUAGUUCUAUGAUUGCAUUGGAUGGAAAAACGAGACUUGAAAUGCUAUCAUUUGACACUUCUAGAAUCAGACUACUUCGAAGUAUGAGCAUUGAGGGUGAAGCUAUGCAGGUAUUAGAUUUUGCUGCCUUUCCAAAACCAGAAUUUGAUCUACCCAUAUUCUGUGGCAACUUCUUCACGGCUGCUAAUACAAACAUAGUUGUGUUGGACCUAAAUCCUUUGCAUGAUGUCACUAGUCGAAGAGACUACAAGGAAAAGUAUUAUGACAGCUUAGUUCCUCUAGGUCUCAAGUAUACUGAGCUUUUACCUUGGGGAGGAAAGCUUACAAGUGAAUCUAUAAAGUUUUUCUCACCGAUGGUGAUAUGGACAAAGUUUACUUCAAGCAAAUCUAAACAUGAAAUUCUAUAUUCUGCAUUUGUGGAAUACUACAAGGUAUGGAUAGAGCUAAUGGAGCAAGCGGUGGAGGAUACUGAUCCAUCUCAAAUUGUGUGCAAUCUUGAAGCACAGCAUAGAUACCUAACAUGGAGAGCAGAAAAGGAUCCUGGUCAUGGACUUCUAAAAAGGUUGAUUGGUGAGAAGCUUGCUAAGGAUUUGUUGAGAAACUUCCUUUUUAGUGGCACUGAUGAGCUAGGAAGCAAAACAUUCCUCGAUUACUUUCCCCAGUACCGGAGCGAGGAUGGGACUAUAAAUGAGAAGCGAAGCAUCGUUGGGAAGUCUUUUGAAAGUCGUCCUUGGGAUACAAAAGGAGAAUUUGUUGGUAAUGACUUCAGAAACUAAUUUGGUAUUGUGGAUUCCAGUCAAUUCCUGGUUUUCCUGUUUCUACCUUUUCUCCCCCCUCUUGCUUGGUUAUCUUUUUUUAUAGGCUCGGACCUUAUUUUGUCUUUAGGUUUUUUUACCCUUCCCAAGGAAUUGUUGUAAGUUAUAGUUAGAUCUUGUGUGCAUGUUGAGUCAUCUUUUGAGCUUUGAUUCAUUUCAAAUUAAAAAUUUUGAAUGUUAGAAUGAAAGGGUUCGCUUUGACCGUUAAGAGCAGGUAACCCGUUCCCUGUGUCUUUGUUUCUAUUGCAUUCUAUCUCAUCGUAUCACAUUCUGUUCUGCGAUAUUUGAGAAUCGCCGUCAAUACCUCGGUGUAGGUCCGGGAUAAUCCUUUGUUCCAUAGUCCCGGGGCUAUUUACAACCAGCCAAUUAAGAAU